CGCCGCGCCGCAGCCAGCGUCGCCGCCGACGGCCCAGCUCCCCCGCGCCUCGCGCGCGUGGCCGCCGUCGCCCGUCCCCGUUCUACCCCGCCGCGCCCCUGCUGCCUCCGGCCCGUCCGUCGGUGGGCCCAUCUAGAUCCGCCGCCCCUGUCUGGCCCCGGACCGGAUGGACCUCUCCGUCACGCUGGCCCUCAGCUCCCCGACGGAGCAUGGGGAGCAGCUGAGGAGGCGGCAGCACUCACUAUCAGAACUGACUUAUGCAAGAGACGAAGACGCGACAAAACUCGAGACCACACGUGCACGGCGUAUGUUAAAUGUUCUCAAAAGGCAUGAAGAUCUGAAAGAGCGCCUCUCGCGGGAUUCUGAUAAGCUGAUUUUUGAGCGUCUACAGAAAGAAUUUGAGGCUGCACGAGUUGCACAAACCGAAGAGAUUUCAAUAGAUGAUGAGCAGUGGAAUGAUGGUUUGCUGGCAACUAUCCGUGAGAAGGUCCAUAUAGAGGCUGAAAGGAAGGCGAUGGUCAACCUGGCAAACGUUCCAACAGACUCUCAAUUUCAAUCAAGGACGACUUAUAGAAUCAGAAAUAAGGUUAUCUAUUGUUUGGAUGGUGCCAGAAUUGGUAUACAGUAUGAGACAUUCUUCGCUGGAGAGCCCUGUGAAAUUUAUCAUUGUGUUUUGGAGAGCAAGUCAUUCCUUGAAAAGAUGACUGUGACUGAACACACCUUACCUUUCUUUCUGCCGAUUCGAGAAGUAGAAACUGAGCACUUGUCAUCUAACGCCAUCAGGUUUAUUGAUCAUCUUGAAGAAAUUUUGCAGUCGUAUAUUGACAGGAGAGAACAGGUUCGUCUUAUCAAGGAGCUCUAUGGCAACCAAAUCGGGGAAUUGUUCCACAGUCUUCCAUAUACCUUGAUAGAGUUUACGUUGGAAGAUUUUGAAUGCAAGGUUACAGUGAGUAUCCGAUAUUCAGAUCUAAUCUUGACCCUGCCUAGUCAGGCGAGGGUCUUGGCCUGGCCGCUUCGCUCUGCAAAGAGAAUAUCGGCAGCAGACCGCCGUGCUCAGCCUGUACCAUCUCGCCUCUCCUAUGCCGAGAGCGCGUUGAAGACCUUGAGUUUGCCAGAAGCAUACGCGGAGAUUGUCCUGGAGCUGCCCCGCGCUCUGAAGCAGAUGUUCUACUCUCAGGAAAGCGACUGAAGCGAAGCAGGCGUGUAGAGAAUUUAUUUAGCCUUACGUUGAAAAACCUCGGAAGGGUGUCAUUUCUGCAUAUGCCAUGCCUUUAUUCUGGACCGAUCUGGGAGGCGCGCAUUUUUGCCUUCCCGUUCAGCUUACUGCUUUGCGGGCACACCCAGUUUGAAAGAGUAAGGACCUGACGUGUGGCACGAGCACAUGGCAACUUCGAACACUUUUGAUGGCAAAUUUAGUGAUAUGAGGAUGACAACUUUAGCUAA